CAUAGCGAUGUUGAAUCUUUCCUACCCAUCUCCCGUCAACUAAACAGCUCUCCUCUUUCCCCUCCAGUUGUUGCCUCAGCUGCAGAGACCACUUUAAAUGUAGGACCAGGACAAGAUGGCGGAUUUGUCUUUGCUUCAAGAAGAUUCGCAGGAGGAGCUAGACGUAUUUGGUGUGGAUGACUACAGCUCAGAGUCUGACGUCAUUAUUAUACCUUCAGCCUUGGACUUUGUGUCGCAAGAUGAGAUGCUGACACCUCUGGGAAGACUGGAUAAAUACGUCGCGAGUGAAAACAUUUUUAACAGACAAAUGGUGGCUCGAAGUUUGUUGGAUACUUUAAAAGCUGUAAGUGAGGACGAGAGGGACUGUAUCGCCGUCCUGGAAAGAGUUAGCAGACUGGCCGAUGACUCGGAGCCUACUGUUCGAGCAGAGUUAAUGGAACAAGUUCCUCAUAUCGCCAUUUUCUGCCAGGAGAAUAGGCCUUCCAUUCCAUUUGCUUUCUCAAAGUACUUGCUACCAAUUGUAGUGAGAUACCUCGCUGACCAGAACAACCAGGUCCGAAAGACCAGCCAGGCAGCACUGCUGGUGCUGCUGGAACAGGAGCUCAUCGAGAGGGGCGACAUCGAGUCCCAGGUCUGUCCUGUUCUUGUGGAUCUGACGGCCCCCGACAGCAACGAUGAUGUUAAGACUGAGGCCAUGGCGAUAAUCUGCAAAAUGGCACCAAUGGUGGGGAAGGACAUCACAGAGCGCCUCUUCCUGCCCCGCUUCUGCGAGAUGUGCUGUGACUGCAGGAUGUUCCAUGUGCGCAAGGUUUGCGCGGCCAAUUUUGGGGACAUCUGUAGUGUAGUUGGUGGGGAUGCGACAGAGGAGCUGCUGCUGCCGCGCUUCUUCCAGCUCUGCUCGGACAACGUGUGGGGGGUGCGGAAGGCCUGCGCGGAGUGCUUCAUGACCGUUUCCUCGGCAACCUCUCAGGAAGUGCGCAGGACGAAGCUCUCCUCCCUCUUCAUCAGCCUCAUCAGCGACCCUUCUCGAUGGGUCCGUCAAGCUGCCUUCCAGUCCCUGGGCCAGUUCAUCUCCACGUUCGCCAUUCCCUCUAGUGUGGGCCAGUACUUCCGGGAGGAAGAGGAGGGCCGGAACUGCAGCUGCACCCACCCACAGAACAGCGAGGAGUCGCCGGGCACAGACGCUACUGCCCCGGAGUCCCCUCCCUGCUCUGCUGGGGAGGCAGGCUCGGACAGUAAGCCAGAGGCCUCCUCUAACCCAACGGAGGAGGAGGAGGACUGUGGCGAGCUCGGCCAGACUGAGGUUUCCCAGAGUUCCCCCUGCGCUCUGGCGCACUGCGACGGCGAGCCGCUGGAGUUCCGCCGGACAGAGGAGGGCAGUGUGGACGUGGCGGUGGAGGGGGGCGGGGAGGAGGCGGCUGAGGACCCGGCCCCUGACGCGGACGCGGACACGUCGUGUGACGCAGAGCCCGAGCACAGCCCACCCCCAGAGGAGAACCAGCCCCCCCCGGGCCCGGCAGAACCGGACCCAGAUCCUGCCGGGGAGGGCGUCGCUGGCACGGUGGAGAACGGGGUCGCGGCAGAGGAAGACGACCCGGAGAACACACACUCCAACCAGGACAACCAGGAGGAGGAGGACGAGGAGGACCAGCCUUCUGCACCUUCGCCUCCGCAGCCAGCCUCCACAGGAGAGCCCAUCCCCGAGCAGGAAAUGUACAACUCCUUCCAUUACUGGAGGACUCCCAUCCCCGACUUUGACCUGGAUCUGGAGCUGCAGGAGGACCAGGAGGAGGAGACCCCCAGCAGCCCCAGCCGCAACGGCUCCGCCCACAACUCCGCCCCCACGCUGGGCCGCAAGGAGCUGGAGGAGAUGAUCGAGAACCUGGAGCCGCACACCGACGACCCCGACGUCAAAGCACAAGUGGACGUGCUGACCGCGGCGCUCCGAGCUGCAGUGCUGGACUCUCACCUGGAGGAGGCGCUCCUGGAGCCCCAGACGGCGGACGGGGCCGGGGACAACCCCUUCGCCCUCAGCGGCGUGCCUUCGGUCGGAGACUCCGCCGACAUGGAGAGCCGGGACUCCACCCUGCAGAUGAGCCACACUGAGGACUCCGAGCUCAGCGACAGCAGCAUCAGCCCCGAGGAGGAGAGGAAGUCCAAGCAGCAGGACGUGAUCCCGCAGGCACUGCUCGACCAGUACCUGUCCAUGACGGACCCCUCGCGCGCACAGACGGUGGACAUGGAGAUCGCCAAGCACUGCGCGUACAGCCUACCGGGCGUGGCGCUCACCUUGGGCCGGCAGAACUGGCACUGCCUCAGGGACACGUACGAGACGCUGGCCUCCGACAUGCAGUGGAAGGUGCGCCGGACGCUGGCCUUCUCCAUCCACGAGCUGGCCCUCAUCCUGGGGGACCAGCUGACUGCCGCCGACCUGGUGCCCAUCUUCAACAGCUUCCUGAAGGACCUGGACGAAGUGCGGAUAGGGGUCCUCAAACACCUCUAUGACUUCUUAAAGCUGCUGCACCAGGAGACGCGCCGCAAAUAUCUUUACCAGCUGCAGGAGUUCCUCGUCACGGACAACAGCCGGAACUGGCGCUUCAGAUCAGAGCUGGCGGAGCAGCUGGUCCUGCUGCUGGAACUGUACAGCGGUCAGGACGUCUACGACUACCUGCGACCGCUGGCCUUCAGCCUGUGCACAGACCGGGUGUCGUCCGUACGGUGGAUCUCCUACAAGCUGGUGAGCGAGAUCAUCAGGAAGCUCUCGACCAGCCCCUCCCUGCUGGCGGACUUCAUGGGCGAGCUGGUGGACAAGUUCUGCCACUCUCCGAAGUGGUCUGGACGACAGGCGUUCGCCUUCGUCUGCCAGCUGGUGGUGGAGGACGACUGCGUGUCGCUGGAGCAGUUCUCGGAGCACCUGCUGGCCCCCCUGCUGCAGCUGGCGUCCGACCCCGUGCCCAACGUGAGGGUGCUGCUGGCCAAGACCAUCCGCCAGAGCCUGCUGGAGAGAGAGUACUUCCUGCACUCGGCGAACUCGCACCAGGAGGCCCUGGAGCAGACGCUGGUGGCGCUGCAGAUGGACCUGGACAAGGACGUCAAGUACUUUGCCAGCGUGCACCCGGGCAGCACGCGCAUCAGCGAGGACGCCAUGAGCACGGCGUCCUCCACCUACUGAGAGCACACUACGGCCGCGGAGCCGCGCCAGGGGGGGGAGAGGGGGGGUGCGCCGACGGGCGUAUGGGCCUCCCCCCCCGCCUCCCGCAACCCGCUACCACAAAGAUCUCUUUCGUGCUUUGAAUCGCCACAGAAGCCUUAAAAGCGUCUUCCUUAACGAGAAAAAAAAAAAUACUUGAAUGUCCAGAGCCGAUUCAGUCAAAGAAGGGUGCGAGGGGAGGAGGGGGGGAGGGGAUCGAGCCUUGUGUAGACCACGCCCCCGACUCCCCUCUCCUUUCUCUUUCUCCUCUUUUAAACGGACUUUUCACUCCUAGCCCGAGCCAGUAUCACAGAGCUUUAUUGAACCACAUAGCGGGAUGACUGUCUAACUUAAUGUUUAUAGUGCAAGGUCGUCGUUCUUUUUGAUACGGUGUUUGUCGACUUUAUCAUAUGCUGCAUAUACUGUUGUGUGAGCGUGUGAGCGUGCGAGCGUGCGUGUGUGCGAGCGUGUGUGCGAGCGUGCGUGUGUGUACCAUCACAGCCUUGUGUGUGCAGUGGAGAGCUGGUGGGUGAGGAAGCACGUUUUUCUCUUAAAGGGCUCUGCGCUCUGCUGUUUUAACCUCUAGUGCAGCACAUUGUUGUACCCAUGGCCUGGGACCCCUGAACCGCAGGGCCCCGCCCAUGACGAAAACAAUAUUGUAUUUUUUAUUAUUGCGUCGACCAUUUUGUGGACUCAGUCGGGCGGGAGGGGCGGAAGAAAAAAUAAAGCCAGAAAUGGAUCAGCACGGUCAACGCGUUGACUUGAAGCCGGGUAUUUUAACUUGAGAAUAAAAUACUGCACCUUCAUUUUUUUUUGCUUCUUUUACCCCUUCCUGUGAGUAAUUUUCAUUUGUACAUAUCGGUUGCAACUUUUUUUUUUCUCCCCUCCCCCUCCCCCAUUUUGGUCUACGAUCAUGUUUAGUAUUGUGAUACGAGUUUGUUCUCUCUACCUGUCCAGAAUAAAAGGAAAUGAAAACA